GUUGGGAUUAUUUCAUGGUUGACUUGAAUUUUAAAAUUGCACACCAUCUGUUCAAUUGGGGUUUCUCUAAAAUUGUUGAUUUGUCCUGGGUUUCAGUUUAAUGAUGGGAAAAGUGCAAAAGAUUAAAUUUUUUAAGGUGAAGGAACUUGAUUUGGAGACUACUUGCGUUGUGUGUUUGGGAGCUAUUAAAGAAUUGGUUUGAAUUUGACUGAUUCUUAUCUUUAAUUAAACUCCUUAGUCAUGAGUAGUGGUGGAGGGUACCAACAAUGCCUGAUUGCUUGAAUUUGGAGCAUUUCUGAGGAAGAAGCAGUUGUUUUUUCAUUUUUUUCUGUUCAUCAUGCCUCUGUUUGAGCUAUACCAAAUGACUAAAGGGAAGACCUGAGAAUGAGUUAGCUGAGUUGGUAUGGGAAAAUGGUCAGAUUUUUAUACAUGGUCAGUCAAUUAGAGUUAAAAAGUUCCCAACCAGUAAUGCAUUACCAUCCCACUCUCUUAAGUCAAGAGAUGAAGAUUUGGGGAAUGCAACUAAGACAAGAACAGGAAAAUUUGGGGAAACAAACUGUAUGUUGAACGAAAUUCCAAUUUCAGUGCCAUCAGGUGAAUUGGGUUUGAGUCAGGAUGAUGACAUGGUACCUUGGUUGAAUUAUCCAAUUGAUCAGUCUUUGCAGGAUGAAUAUUAUUCUGAUUUCUUGCCUGAGAUAUCUGGUGUCGCUGUAAAUCAGCCGUCAACCCUUGAUAACUUUGCAUCAUUUGAUAGGAGAAAUAGCGGAAACCUGUCAAUCAGGGAUUCCCAGUCUCGUUCUGUACAUGAUGUUUCUAGUUUUGAACAAGGAAACAUGCCAAAGGUUUCUGAACCAGCAGAUGCUAAAGCUGUUAGGAAUAGAGGUAGUACUAGUCAGUUCAACUCGCUGUCAUCUGGCUCAUCUCCAUAUGUUAAAUCAAGAGUCGUCAAUAGGAUUUCUGAUAGCAUGGGCAUUGCCUCCACCCAACAUGGUGUAUGUGGGGAUUCAAUUGGGGUUCCAACUUCAGUUGAUGGUUUUCCUAUAACAAAGAUGCAGAAGCAAGAUUCAUUACCACCUUCUAGUAGCUCUGGCUUGAUAAAUUUUUCUCAUUUCUUGCGUCCUGCAGCCAUUGUUAAAGCUAGUCUCCAAAACAUAGGUGCCACGGUUAAUGUCGAAAAGAAGGGAAGUAAUGACAAGGGCUCUGCUGCAAAUAGUAGAAACCCUGCUGAGUCGGAGUCCACACUGAUUAAUUCAAAUAGUGGUUUAGGGAAGGAAAAAUGCUCUCAUUGUCAACCUACCAUUGUGUCAUCGAAGGUUAAUGUAAAAGGAUCAGAAGCUAGACCUGCAGAAGAAACAUUGGCUGCUGAACCGCCUCCUGCUGUCCGUCAAGAUGAUGCCCUUAGGACUGAAGGGAACCAUACUCAACUAAUUGGUGAAGGUGCUUCUGGAGGACUGCCUGAUUGUGAAAAGGCUGUAGAGUCCAUAGCUGCUUCUUCCUCUGUUUGCUCAGGCAAUAGUGCAGAGAGAGCUUCUGAUGAUUCACCACAUAAUUUGAAGAGAAAGCAGUGUGAUAAUGAGGAAUCUGGAUGCCCUACUGAAGAUGCUGAAGAAGAAUCAGUUGAAGUUAAAAAAGCAGCUCCCGUCAGACCAGGUACAGGUUCUAAGAGAAGCCGAGCAGCUGAAGUGCAUAAUUUAUCUGAAAGGAGGCGGAGAGAUAGGAUCAAUGAAAAGAUGCGUGCAUUACAAGAACUCAUUCCAAACUGCAACAAGGUGGACAAAGCUUCAAUGCUUGAUGAGGCCAUUGAAUAUCUCAAGACACUUCAACUUCAGGUGCAGAUUAUGUCUAUGGGAGCUGGAUUGUAUAUGCCACAAAUGAUGUUACCAACUGGUUUGCAACACAUGCAUGUGGCUCACAUGGCGCAUUACUCUCCCAUGGGUGUCGGGAUGGGAAUGGCUAUUGGUUAUGGAAUGGGGUUGCCUGACAUGAAUGGUGGAUCUUCUGCUUGUCCUUUGGUUCAGGUACCUCCCAUGCAUGGAGCCUCUUUUCCAAGCCCACAAAUGUCUGGCCUCUCUGCUUUGCAGGGGAUGGCAGGAUUAAACCUCCAGCCAUUUGGGCUUCCUGGUCAAGGACUUCCAAUGUCAAUGGCAUGUGCACCAUUAAUUCCUAUAUCUGGUGGACCUCCUUUGAAGCCAGCCAUGGGGCUAAAUUCCUCUGGAAUGCCAGGUCCUUCGGAUAAUAUGGAUUCAAAUAUGGCUUCUAGUUCAAAAGAUCCAAUGCAGAAGAUCAACUCACAAGCAAUUCAGAACACUGGUGCCAGUAGCUUCAUGAAUCAGGCACUUAGUCAGCGUCAAUCAAUAAAUAAGAGUUUUGAACAGCCUGCUGCAGUGCAAGAUAGUAGGCAAGCCUCGGAAGUGACUGGUAGUGUAGCAGUUGGAUCAUCCAAUGGAAAUGAGAAAGUACCUGAUAGGUCAUGAUUGACAGUUGUUUCUCAUCACAUUGAUUGAGGAAGAGGGAUCCCUAUUGCUUUCUUCCUUGGGAGAUUGAACUUCUGCAAUGGUAAUCUGAAUACCAGUUUCAGGGAAGUACAGUUACAGUUUGCACAAAGUGUGGUAUGUUGAGGAAACCCAAAAUCCUUUUUUUUUUUUUUCUUAUGUACAUUGAUUUACAUGACCCAUGCAAAUAAUGCAAUUAGAGCAUGAAUUCAUAUAUCUGUUCUAUUGUAAACCGCCGAUGAAAAGUCAUUUGAGUUGAUAAAUGAUAUUUACUUUC